AUGCCGGCAGAAAUCACCACUCAAGGUCCCUUGACUCAAGCCACUGUGUGUCCCGGCGUGCUGCCUCAGCGUCACCCACCGAACCCACCGAUUUCGGGAGGUCCCGGACUAUCAUCUCUUUUCGGACAAUUUCUCGAAAUCGGACCAUUGGCGAUAAACGGCGACGGAAACUUGUACAAGCGGCUCCGGACUAUUCAAAAGAACGUUAGCGUCAUCUACCUGGACGUUCCUGUUGGGGCUGGCUACAGCUUUACGAAGGAUCCCUCGGGUUACGCACACAGUCUGGAGGACAUCAGCGCGGCUGUCGCUGAAUUUCUGGGCCAGUUCCUGAUUCUCUUCCCUGAAUACAAGGAGAGAGACUUCUAUGUCGCCGGAGAGUCGUACGGAGGGAGAUACGCCGUUGGUAUCGCAUACCAUCUGCUCAAACACAAAGUCAAGUCGGUACCUCUCAAGCUCCAAGGAACAAUUGCUGGGGUCGGAUUCCUGGGGCCAAUCUUCGAUAUAGCCGACUCCAGCGAAUUCCUGUACCGUGCUUCAAUGCUCACUGAGGAAGGUCGCGCCACUUUCGCGAAGCAGUUCCAGACUAUGAGAAACCUCUUUGCGUCUCGUAGAGUGAAAGAAGCUCUUUACCUCUUGCUCCAAACAGUAUUCACCGACAACACAAACCCAACUUUAUUUCAAAAUCUCACGCUGUACAACAACCAAGCGAGCGCUCUGUAUUCUGAGAAGCCUGCAAAUAUUAUCCAGUACUCCCACUACGUCAAUACGGCGGCUUUCAGGGAAGCUAUACAUGUUGGACUUGACGUUGAGUUCGAACCAUACAGUCAAAUCUUCAUGGCCAGCUUAGCACCGGACAUGGUGACCGACAUCAGCGCUCAGAUAGAGCUGCUGCUUAACUCCAGUCAAGUGCUGUUCUACACGGGCCAAGUGGACACACUGCUUCCGUCGACCAACCUGAGAGCUUUCUUCCGUACACUGCACUGGAUAGGAGCGUGGCAGUACCAAAACUCGCCUGGCGUUGUAUGGAAUGUGCAGGACUGGUUCUAA